AUGCUGACGACUCCUUACAAAGCGCUGGACGAUGCCCAGCCUGAAACGGCCACCACUGCCGACCCCUCGUAUGCACCGACUGUAGAGAAGCUCCGUCUGCGGCAACUUCUGCGCAGCGUUGUGCUCGUGGCUUCGGGCUUCUUUCGGGACAAGUCGUCCCGAUUGGUCGCCUGGUCUCUGGCGUGCGCUCUGUUAGUGAUGAUGCUGGGCUUUUCUUUGCUGCAGAUGUGGUUCCUCAACACGUUCCGUGAGUUUCAGAAUGCGCUGCAUGACAAAGACCAACAGAAGAGCCGCUACAUCGGAGAGUCGAGGAUGUACUACCGUUUGAAGCUGUUGGGCAAGGGCCUGGAUAACCCCGACCAGCGCAUUGCCCAAGACUGUGGCGAGUUCACUGAUGCGCAGAUUCUCAUCGUCCUCGGGAUUCUGCAGUUCUUGGCCCUGCUCGUACAGAAUGUCAUGCUGAUUCUUUUCCAAUCUUCGCUUUUGUUCAAGAUCUCACCCGACCUGUUUUACUUCGUGGUGGUGUACUCAAUCGUGCUGAACGUUCUCACCUUCGUCGUGUUCGGAGGGCCGCUGACGCGCCUCAGGCGGCGCAUCUUGGCACAGGAGGCAUCGUUUCGUUUCGGCCUCGUGAGGGUGAGGGAACAUGCCGAGUCCAUAGCUUUCUACGGUGGCGAAAGCUUCGAGCGCGGACGCUGCCAAGACCGGUUUUUCAACAGCUUGAUGGACACACUCUACAGAAUGUUGGGCGUCACCGUCAGCUUCUCCAUCAUCUUGGCUGCUGCCACCUACGUCGUGCGAGUUGCGCCCUUCGCAGUUUUGGCAGGCAAGUACUUCAGAGGGGACAUCGAUUUCGGAGCCAUGAUGGAGGCCUUUUCGAUCCUGUCCGGCUUGGAGGAUGCCUUCACGACUCUCGUGUCCCAGAUGAGUUCUAUCACCGACAUGGGCGCGCAGGCUAUACGCAUUCAGCAGAUUUGGGAUUUGGUGUCCGACGACAGCAAAGAUUUAGCAGACAGCCCCGCCAUUACGAUGGAGCGUGAUGCUGGGGGUAUCCAGAAGGAGUCCCAGCAAGUGCCGGUACUCCUGCAGAUGCAAGAGGUGACGCUUCAGACACCGUCCGGCCAUGCGGUGCUAGUGGAGCGCCUGUCAUUCCAGCUGAGACAAGGUGAGUCGCUGCUGUUGUGCGGCCGCAGCGGCGUGGGAAAGAGCUCGCUGCUCAGGAGCAUCGCAGGACUUUGGGGGCGAGGCAGUGGUGUCAUCCGCUGCUGCCCACAGAGAGAGACCUUCUUCUUGCCCCAAGAGACGUACCUAUGCUUGGGCACACUUCGCGAGAACGCCACCUACCCUCAGGAGGCUGGUGGGGCCAGCCCUCGAGACGACGCUAUACGGGAAGCCCUGGUCAAGGUCAACCUGGAUUAUCUUCACGACCGUUAUGGCCUGGAUAAGCCCGUCGACUUUGACGCGGUCCUUUCUGGGGGUGAGCGGCAGCGCUUGGGCUUCGCACGCCUGCUGCUGCGCAAAAAUCUGAAGUUCGCGAUCCUUGACGAGGCGACCUCGGCGUUGGACCGGUCCAACCAGUCUGCAAUGUACGAGAACCUACAACGGCACGUGCAGGGCUUCGUGUCGAUAGGGCACUCCUCCAGCCUCGAGGCGUUCCACACACAGAAGCUUGUGUUGGAAAGGUCCUCGGAAGGUGCAGCUGGCUGGCGACUGGAGUCCAUCCGAUGCAAGGUCCUGACACGAGAAGUGGCUGACACGACGUCUGUGAGCACCGGGCGCCAUGUGCCGGCCCCGUCGGUGGCUAAUCCUGUGACGGAUCCUCAAGACUUGGGUUGGUACUUCCUGCAGCAGAAGCAGUUCCUGGAUGACCUCAAGGUCUGCGAAGAUCGGCACGACGCCUGGAAUUCCAAGGUCUUCAUGCAGGACGAGGAGAUCGAGAAGCUGAAGAAGCAGGUGAGGGCCUUGGAAGAGGAGCGCGAGGGCUUGCGCAAGGAUCUGAAGGAGGCAAUGCGAGAAAGAGAUGAGUGGCAGGUGUCCGCAUUGCGAGUCAUGUCGAAACGCGAGUUUCGGUCCAGCGUGGAAGCUUUGGAAGCGGCCAGGCGAAGGUGCGUCGGAGCUCAUUUUCAGGGUUUGUUUAGAAACCCUAAACCAAAACCCUAA